CAGAGACCCACAGACUCACACAGCGACCCCACAGACUCACACAGAGACCCACAGACUUACACAGAGACACCUUCGAUUAUAAGCACGAUUAGCGACGUACGGUGCAUAAGAAGUUCAAAUUACAUGCAUGAAAUUUGAGUGUGUCAAGAGUGCCUAGCGGGCACGCAGUGGACUGUGAACUGCACUACGAAUCCGGCGACCCGAGUUCAAUUCCCACUCAAGGUCACCGACUCCAGUGACGAUUAUCUGCACCGGUCUUGGGCCUCCCUCUAGGUCCACUCUGCCACAAAAUGAGACCCGGGUGCGGUGGUGUGUAGUAAAGACCGCCAGUGGGGAGACAAAGGCGGCCGGGCGUGUUGCUGGCCACCCACCACUUCGUGUGUCACAGUGCCGGCCUUCACAGCGUCCUACUUGCUGAGCUGCUGGUAUGGAGAGGCCCAAACUGUUGCCGGUGCAUGGAGUCGCCAUGCUGGACUUCAUAGCGAGGGAGUGGAGCCUGGUGGAGUCGUUUAAAGCCAGGCCCGGAGACCUCCUGAUAGCAACUUACCCCAAGGCGGGUACGACGUGGAUCCAGGAGAUCGUGGAUCUGAUUCAGAGUGGAGUAGACGUGGAACACUGCAAACGUGGCCCCGUGUACGAAAGGAUCGUCUUCAUGGAGUGGACGGGCGAAAAUUACAUGACGUCUCGCAAAGGAGUGGAGGUGCUGAAUGAUUUGCCGUCUCCUCGCACGAUCAAGACUCACCUGCCCUACCAGCUGGUGCCUCCCUCAUUUUGGGAAAACGAUUGCAAGGUGAUCUACAUCGCACGUAAUGCCAAGGACAACGCCGUAUCCUCCUUCCACUUUGAACGAAUGAACAAGUUGCAGCCGGAGCCCGGCACCUGGGAGGAAUACCUGCAUCGUUUCAUAACUGGCAAUGUGUGCUUCGGCCCGUGGUAUGAUCACGUGACCGGGUGGUGGAACGUGAGGGAGCGGCAUCGGAUUCUCUACCUCUUCUUCGAGGACAUGAAGGAAGACCCCAUGUGUGAGGUGUCCCGCAUCGCCGACUUCCUGGAGCGGCCACUGUCCGAGCAGCAGCUGCGUGAGGUGGUGAAGCUCAGCACCUUCACCAUGAUGCGCGACAACCCCAUGACGAACUACAGCACCUUGCCCACCGAGUUCUUGGACCACUCCGUGUCGCCCUUCAUGCGCAAGGGGGAUGUGGGUGACUGGAGGAAUCACUUCUCUGCGGCUCAGCUGGAGGUCUUUGAGCAGGACUACAAAGAGAAAAUGGCCGCCACUGACCUGCGCCUGAGGGACAGCCUGCCCUGAAGGCCCGCAUCUCUCCCUCUGAUCCUGACUGUAUCCAUUAUCUUAUUUGGCUUUAAGUAAUGAUAAUAAUACUAAUUUCACAAUAUAUAUAGCGUCAUUCAUGCUCAUUGCAUUCCAAAAUGCUGUACAAUAAUUGUGUCCAGAAUUGCAUUUAGGGCUGAAUCCUCCAGGUAAUAAUAAUGUUGGGUUACCACUCUCUGAGUUACAAAAAAUUCGAGACAUAUCAUGGGGAAGAAGGCAAUCUCACAAUUCCAGAAGAGGUGAGAAAUUCAUGUCAAUACCUUUCUUGAGCUGCGCAAUAUAAGUAAUAUGAAAUUGACUUGAAAGUAUAAUUGAUAAUCGAUUAUGCGGCGCACGAUUAUCUGGUUUCCAAUAUUACCUGGUGGUCUCGGGCCAAUACGGCGAAACCGGUAAAACUGCCCUAGUCCUGAGAUGGUCAAACAAAAUCUAAUUGUUGUUGUUGAAACAAGAGCGUAGUACUACCCCAUGCACAGUCUUUCAGAUUGGAGUGGUAAGGUACGGUAAACACUGUACAUUUUACAGUUGGAUAUUUUGGGUUACACUUGAAUUUUUUAAAUUUUAUUUUAUGAUUUAAUCUGAGAUUAGUUUUACCUGGCUUUUUUUAUCCACUUUUGGUUCAUCUGGGUAUUAUCUGGACUUGAUUCAUUUGUAUCUGGCAUGGUUGUAUCUGCUAUGUUAUGGACUUAUACACACAGAGAUUGAAAUAAAUGUAACUUCACUCAAGUCACUCGUGCCAGGUUCAUAAUUGGACAAUAAUCACGGUGGUUGCCACGAUACAACAAUAGCACGAGUUCACUAUCUGGUGGUAAAGCAUAAAAGUGGUUUGAGUGAAACGUCAUUGCAUGAUGAUGUCAAAUUCAAUCACGAAAUAUGAAGACAUCGGAUCAGGGGCUUUAUUGGUCAUGAUCUGAUCAGCAGAUUGGCACGUAAAAAUAAUGUAUAUUUGUGAACGUGAUAAUCGCUGUCAAGUAGUGUAGGAAUAAUGUGGACAUUUUUUAGCAUUCCACUCCUACUGCGAGGCUAUGAAAACCUAUGUUCUAAGUGUACAUGUUUAGCUUGUGAAAUUAGUUAUACAGCUUCUUGGUUCUUUCGGUAAAGUCACGUAGAAGGGAAGUAAUAAAAUAAUAAAAAUAAAACAUAAUAAAACAAUUCUCACGACGUUUCGGCCACAAUGCAAGCAGCCGUCCUCAGGUGAAACCAGGUCUGCCGAGGCGACAGCGUCUGAAUUAAACAGCACACGUGCUUGGAGCAUAUAUGUAAUGCGAGCAAGGAAUGAGGGGGCGGAGUCUGGGUCUCGUGAGGAGAAGGAGGAAUCUGGGUCACGUGAGGGAGAGGAUUUAGGGGGAGAACCGGAAGGGAUCAGGGAGUUGAGAAGGAGUGGAAACAGGAGGAGGCCACGCUGGGCAGUGGCGAGAGAGUGGCGCGAUUGCCACGUGGUGGAAGGUCACGGCACCGUCGGCCAGCGGUGUACGUGGGGCACAGCAGAGCUAGUGGAGUGUGGGAAGCUAGCCAGGCGUGAAGAGCUGGCAGAGUGUGCGGGGCACACAGAGCAGCAGUGUGGCUGCAGAGCGGAGCAGCGGUGUGGCUGCAGACGGAGCAGCAGUGUAGCUGCGAAACGGAGCAGCAGUGUGGCUGCAGGGUGUACGGUGGAGGAGGCGCGGGUCUGA